GGGCGGCUGAUGUCAAAGAGGAAGUGAGCUGGGGCUGUAGCGAUGGCCCGGGGCUGGAGCCCGCGGCCGCCUCCGCCGCCACCAGUGCGUCCGGAGCAGCCACGGCCGCAGCUGGAGCGGGGGCCAGAGUCGCGGCCGGAGUGGAGGCGGCGCGUGUGAGUUGCCGAGAGUCGCCGGUGCCGAAACACCUCAAACUCGGUGCGGGAGCGCUUCGGGUGGGCUGAGACGCGGUCGCCCCUCCGCACCGCGCCCCCCAGGCCCAGACAGCAGGGCUGGGAUCUCCCCAGGUGCUCAACUGGCUCCUCUCAGGCCGAGCCCUCCGAGCCGAGUUCUGGAUCUUCUUCAGUCUCGGGCUUCCUUCAAACUCGGGACGGAGGCCAGAGGACAGUGAGCAGCCCAGACCUGGGCAUUUUCUCGGCGCCCAGGCUGUAUCCGGAGCCCCAUCCUGCUGCCACCUCUCCAGCUAGAGGGAGACUAGCGCGUUCCCACUGUUUCUUUCUGCGCCUCUCCCUCUCAUUCAAGAGCAAGUUUCUUUUCCCUCUCUAUUGGAAAUCCUGCCCCGGAAGUCCAAAACACCCAUCUGUGUGUCCUUCCCCAGCUCUUGGAUCACCCUUAGAAAUAUUAUCUACUUAUCAGAGCUGAGAAUCGCUCAUACUUGACUUGGCUUUUCAUCCCUUUUGGGAGACAGCGGUUUACCCCUUAACACACUCUUAGCUGAAACUCCAUGCCCAGGACUUUAUCCAUUAGGAUCACUAGCUCCCUGGCCAUCUCUAUGUGACUUCCCUCACCCAUCUGAGUUCCAGUUUCCUCUGGACUCCAGUCUCCAGCCCACAACGGAUCUGGUCAGUCCCACCUCUGGGUGGGAGUGACCAGGGGGCUCUGGCCCAGGAUCCCCCACCCUGGAAGGCAACUCCAAAGUAGCAAGAGAAUUGGGCGUCGGGUACGAUCCUGGCAGCUCAGGAGUGGGUGCUCCACUAACUCCACACAAGAAGAUGAAAAAGCGCAAAGAGCUCAAUGCAUUGAUUGGCUUGGCUGGGGACAGCCGAAGAAAGAAGCCCAAGAAAGGUUCCGGCCACCGCCUGCUUCGCACUGAGCCUCCUGACUCAGACUCUGAGUCCAGCUCGGAGGAGGAAGAAUUUGGUGUAGUUGGAAAUCGCUCUCGCUUUGUCAAGGGAGACUAUGUACGAUGCUGCAAGAUCUGUUAUCCCCUCUGUGCUUUUGUCAUCCUUGCCGCUUGUGUCGUGGCCUGCGUCGGCUUGGUGUGGAUGCAAGUUGCUCUGAAGGAGGAUCUGGAUGCCCUCAAGGAAAAAUUUAGAACAAUGGAAUCUAAUCAGAAAAGCUCAUUCCAAGAAAUUCCCAAACUUAAUGAAGAACUACUCAGCAAACAAAAACAACUUGAGAAGAUUGAAUCUGGAGAGUUGGGCUUGAGCAAAGUAUGGAUAAACAUCACAGAAAUGAAUAAGCAGAUUUCUCUGUUGAAUUCUGCAGUGAACCACCUGAAAGCCAAUGUCAAGUCAGCAGCAGAUUUAAUUAGCCUGCCUGCCACUGUAGAGGGACUUCAGAAGAGCGUAGCUUCCAUCGGCAAUACUUUAAACAGUGUCCAUCUUGCUGUGGAGGCAAUACAGAAAACUGUGGAUGAACACAAGAAAGCCAUGGAGUUAUUACAGAGUGAUACGAAUCAGCACUCCUCGAAGGAGACCAGUGGAAGCAACCAGAUCACUCCAUCACCUUCAGCUCCAUCAGAACUUGACAAUAAAACCCACAAUGAGAAUUUGAAACAGGAUAUCCUGUACCUUCACAACUCUUUAGAGGAGGUAAACAGUGCCCUAGUAGGGUACCAGAGGCAGAAUGAUCUUAAACUCAAGGGGAUGAAUGAGACAGUCAGUAAUCUUACCCAGAGAGUCAACUUGGUAGAAAGAGAUCUGGUUGCUAUGAGCAAGGUAGAAAAGCAAGCGAACCUGUCCUUCAGCAUGAUGGGUGAUAGAGCUGCCACUCUGAAAAGAGAAUCUAUACAUCAAGUGACCAAUAGAACAGAUACAGUAAAAACCCAAAGUAUAAAGAAAGAAGAUAGUUCAGAUUCUCAGGUAUCCAAGCUAAAAGAGAAACUGCAGCUGAUCAGCGCUCUCACAAACAAACCUGAGAGCAACAGGCCUCCAGAGACCGCCCAUGAAGAGGACGUACAGAGUUUCACAUCAAAGCCAUCAGCAUUGCCAAAAUUUACACAGUCUCAUGGAGACCAAAUUGAAAAAGCUACGCAGCUGAGACCUAUCUCUCUACCAGGAAUUUCUAACAUCGAAGAUCUUCAGGAUUUAUUCCACAAGAGUGGCCAGAAUGUCGAUGGGAAGCUGACCUACCAGGAAAUCUGGAACUCCUUAGGUUCUGCCAUACCAGUACCGGAGAGUUUGAGAGAGUUUGAUGUCGAUGGAGAUGGAAAAUACUCAUUCUCGGAGCUAAGAGUAGCUUUAGGUGUCUAGCCUCAUCGGGCAUAUUUAGAAACGGAUGUAUACCCCGGACUGCUUAAUGUCUACACACCUAACAAAGACACCCUUUUACUUACCUAUCAAUCCUCCAGUCCUCCAAACUCCUGUAGCAGACAUGUUGCCCUUUUAACUUGUUUGAAAUGCUAUAUAAAAGUUAUUUUUUUAAAAAAAGAAGACCAUUUUACUUAUGAUAUUCAGAAAUCUAUGAUUUCCUGGAACCAAUAAGAUCUUAAUUUUAAAAUUGCCAGAAAAAAAAUCAAGCCCUCUUUUUUUUCCUCUUUCCUUUUUUUGAAGGGAGGAGACCUUACCUUUUAGAACUGGAAAAUGUGUAUGUAGAGAGAAUAAGCCACCUUUUAUAUUUCACAUAAAUUUGCCUUAAAUUAGCUGCACUUUAUACAGACUCAGAAAAUGUCUUUCCUUUAAAAGAUAGACUUUUUCUGUUUGUAAAUAUUUAAAAUGAAAGAAUUGUGUAUAUAUUUUGUGAGAAGUAGAAAGAUUGGUUUAAAACAGGAUGUGAACAAAUGACUUGUUAUUAAAAAUCACUAAUCUGAUCUGGUAGUGGCUGAAACUAUGUCCACGUCUCCUUCGGGCAUCUCCUUUAGGUGAUGCCAUGGGAUUUGGCCUGGUGACUGAGGGAAUAACUUUAGGGAGUGGACACUGGGUACAGUGCCACCUCCAGGCUCAGGAAAGUGAGAUCUGGUUCUUUGUUCCUAUCCCCUCAACCAAUUUCAACCUGUGAACCAGAGAAGACUUGUUGGGGAUUUUUGUCAUUUUAAAUCCUAUUUCAAGGUUUAUGAGCAUAGAAAGUUAUCCAGUGGAGAGCUACAUCCCUGCCCCCCGCCCCCGCAAGUGAGUUAGAUUAUCUUCACACACAUGCACACACGCACACACACUCCCUUCCUCCCUCUCUCUCUCUCUCCCCACUUCCCCCCACCGCCCCCACCUCUGGUACAAUCUCCAUUCUGAAUAGCAGGGCUGAAGUCCCUUGGUCCUGUCUUAGCCUGGCUGCCCAGGAGCUGUAGAGAAGAGCUAUGCCUCUAAUUUUGACCCAGGAAACUCUGUGAGAUUUUACUUGGGGCCUAAUCAAGAACCUAAUAUGUUCCCCUGUGGGCUAAGGCCAAAAAGGUUGUGAACAUACUAGGUUUCCUUAUAAUUAUUAGCUAGAAGCUUUAUGUCCAGAGGAUGCCAAACAGUAGCAGACAGGCCUGGAACAUUGAGCUUCAUGUGAUGAUAGCAAGUUUUUUCAAAUCUAAUACAAGUGCGAUAGUUUUCCCUUUAAAUAAUUCUGUAGGCCUAAAGAACCCUGGACUAGAAGGAAUUAUACCUUUAUGUCACCUAUAUGUGUGCUGUGUUGUUCUUAGAAUCAGUCUUUGGACAAUGCAAAAGGUAAAAAAAAUUAUAAAACUUAACUAUGCUGUAAGCCAAGUCAGGGAGAAGCUAGAGAAGUUUCAUGGCACCGACUUCUAGUGGAGCUCAUUUCCAUUUUAGCUUUGUUCAAGUUGCCCUGUUAGCCAUGUGUGUAGUUAAACACCCUUAACUACUUAAGGGCUGUUUUCUUUUUUUCAUUUAUAUGAUAUUCAGCUUGGUGUUGGCUAACCUUGAUUUUUUUUCCCUUAGAAGUAUUAAAAUUCAGUUAAAUCAAGGUGAAGUCUUUUCCCAUGAAUGUGUCUGCUUACCUCAUUAUGGCUUAUGCUUCUCUCUUUUUUAAAAAACAUUUCCCUUGCCCAUCUGACCUAUUUCACUUUCUUGGAAAUGUUGUAGUAUAAAAUUAGCCUGGCACUUUAGGUAAUUUUAAGAUUAUUCUUCUGGCUGCCUUCCAUGUCCCCCCACCUUUUUAAAUAUGUACACCCUUACAGAUUUUGUAACAACAUUCUAGCAAUAAAUUGAAUUAUACUGCUAUAUUUGUACAUACUGUACCAUAAAUAGUAUGUCUGUACCUGGAAGGUAUUUUUUUGAGAACUGAUUUAUAUGAAAUAUACUUGAGGGUAAUGUAGCUUGUCCUUUUUAGAUACAAAUUCUUAUUCAUAUAGGCAGAUAGUUUGAGGACACCUUAACUCUUUGUUGUACUUUUCUUUUGUAUCAGAUAUGGCUAUCCAUGGAGGAGUCAGUUUUGUUUUUCAGUUUAUCAUCUGUUUUCACCUCAAGCUUGUCUGGCUAGCCUCAUCCCUGAGCCAGGUAUAUAGUACCAUCCUCUCCCCCUACCACAUUUGGCAGAGAUGUUCCUCCUACACGCUCAGGUCUGUGAAUACCCUUGUCACACUGCCUGGGAAAGUGCCUUAUGUCCCAGACAGAAGUAGGGCAUCUUGAACUUCUUUGUUCUCAAUAGAGCAGACUCAUGGCUUAAGAAAAGAGCCUCAUAAAUCUAUUAUUAUUCAGUGUUAAUUGGGAUUUUAUUUGUAAAUUAUCUUACUCAACCUAUGACUUGCAUUUAGCUGUCAUCAGGCCUCACCUGCCAUAUCUUGGCUCUGAGAAGAUGUUUGAGGAGAGGUGGUGAGUUUGGUUUUAGAUUUUGUUUCAAAUACUUUGCCUUUGUCACUCUGGCAGCUCCUACUGCUGCCUCCCUAAGUUUCCCAUUGCUUCUUGGUUCUUUUUUCCUUUUGCCUUGUAUUGUCUGGCAUAAUUAUUUACUUAGAGGGCCUCCUUAUAAAUCAGAGGCAAAAAGGUAUAGGAAGAGAGGAACCAAAAGAAGAGAGAACCCGGCUUAGGGAUAACUAUGGUGUCUUAAGGGCGGAGAAGGGCCUGGCACUUAGGAAUGUGUCUGAAACAGCAAAGCUGAGGAGUGGACACCCUUCACCUACUGCUAGCUACUUUCCCUCCUGUUGGAGUUUCCUCUCUUUACGUUGCUGGACAGAAACCCGCCCGCCCCUCCAGCCCACCCCAACACACACCCAAGCGCACCCCUGCUGGUCUUUCGGUCACAGUUGAAGAUUUUAACUGUGAUGGGUUCAUACUCAUAAUGGCCUGCUGUUGAGUUGUUUUUAGUGACAGCUUUCAUUUAAUACACACCUCAUUGCCUUGCUUGCCAGCACCAGCUAGAUGUGGUCCCUUCUUUCAUAUCCAAACCAGAACACAUUUGGGUAUUCCUGAGCUUUUAUAGAGCCUGUAUUGUUUUUUAUACAAACCUAGCCUACCUUGUUGUUUUCUCACAUUAAGAAAUGUCAAUCACUUUGCUUUAGUGGAGCUAUUUUGGUAAUGUAUAACAAUUUUGGUUCUGUUUUAGGGAGUGAAUUCAAGGUUUCCAUGACUUGAUUUGAACUUUGUUUAUUUCAUAUUAGUAAAACAACCAUUUUAAUUUAUCUAAAUAAAAUAUUUCCUUUUUCUUCCA